CUAUGAACCGCUGCCUAACGUCAUGUAGAGUUAUCAGCUGAAGUUAUCUUUCGUUAAAAGUGUUAACACUGAAAAGUGCAUCAUUUUUUGACGGAUUACAUUUUUGUGAUCGAUAAUUGAAAUGUUAGAGUUUGUGCUUUUCCCGAAAUGAAACAAACAAGGAACUUUGGUAGAAAUUAUGGCAAGAUGUUAUUUCUGAAGGCGCCAAAUAGCUCACUAUAACACACGCUUUUAAAGUAUUAACAAGGGAACUGAAGGAAACUGUUGUAGUACCUUUUGUUUUGAAGUAAUAUGGCUUGGGCUGUUGGAGACUUCAUCACGGCAUUUGUGACUAUCAGCUGCCUGCUAAACCAGGGGCGUGUCUCGGCUUUAUUAUGUGAGGGAGACGGCCCGUGUCGGUGUAAAUACAAUGACGGGUCAGGCACGGUGGACAUCAGCAGCUUGGGAAACCAGGACGGCACUGCCAGGUGUGUUAGUCUUCCGUAGUCACAUUUGCUUGUCAUCUGUGGUCAGCUCAGUGUCAUCUGUGGUCAGCUCAGUGUCAUCUGUGGUCAGCUCAGUGUCAUCUGUGGUCAGCUCAGUGUCAUCUGUGGUCAGCUCAGUGUCAUCUGUGGUCAGCUCAUUGUCAUUAGCGCUCAGCUCAUUGUGAUCUUUUGUCAUGUUUGUAGUCACCUGUGUCAUGUUUUUUGUCAUCUGUUGCCAGCUUUAUUGACAUAUGUGGUCAGGUUUUUUGUCAUCGCUGGUUAUGUUUGUUGUCAUCUGUGGUUAGCUUAUUGUCAUUUGUGGUCAGUUCGUUGCCAUCGGCUCUCAGCGUAGUGUCCAAGGUCUUGCUGUAGCUUCUUGACAACACUAGCAGGAUGACAAGCACACCCAUAAACUCAUUGCUCCAUGUCAGCUUCUUCUGAAAACGUGUAGUUACAUGAUCAUUAAUCUAUAACGAGAUUUCUUUACUAUUUAAAUCUAUAGUAAAACGAACAUUCUUUAUAAAAUUAACAUACUCUGUGUGCUGUGUGUAUCUCUCAUAUCAACGUUUUAAAUCAAACGAAAAAUCCAACAUUUAAAUUAAACAUCUACAGAUUUCCAGACGUGGUUUCCUCCUUUGACGGUAGUUCAUACGCUUACAAUCCAUGUUUUCCAGCAACUCUUGGGUCAUGUAAGGAUGCUGCGGUAUGUAGAGCUCGAGAAAUCUGGACUUCUCACAUUUUACUGCUUAAAAUAGACCUGUGUUGUGGUCCAGCAUAUUUUUUUUUUUUUUAAUGUGCAGUUGUGUUCAAAUGUAUUUAAACUCUCAUCUACUUAUCUUCUGUCACAUUCCUCUUGCUGUCGUCUCGGAUACUACAUUGCAGCUAAGUGUUUUUUUUUAAAUUUUAGAUUGUUUUUACUGUGUUUGUUGGCUGAUGAAGGCUUCUUGCCGACACCUUCUUUGUCUUGUUGCGUCUUUUUUUCUCCCAGGUUUUCCCAUACUUUGUUUCGCUCCUUUGCGAAUGACAUAUGGUGUGUGGUUAUGUUUCUAUAUUGGUUUUAUGUGUUGUGGUGGGUUUCAGUGCCUGGCAAAUUUCAUGAUAAAUUUAGCACACUAUUAAUUAAAUCUAAUUAUGUUGAUAUAUGCAGUUGAAAAAAACAAAUUAUGAUUAAGUUAAAAUACACAUUCACACCGACGUUCCUUGUUUUUCUGAUUAGGAAAUGGCGACAGAUAAUAAUUUCCACCUGUCUGAGUUUCAUGUUUAACUGUCUCUUCGUGAUUAUAAAAGUUGCAUAGAUUUAUUGCCAUCUUAUUGUCCUCCCCCCUCCCCCCCAGGCGUGUAAGAAGGCAGGCGAUGAUUACAUUGAAAUGGGAGAGCAAUCGACGGCAAUUUGGUCAUACACGGGUUACUACCCCUUGGUGACGUACACUACACCAGAUGGCAAGUUCGUAUCCCUGAUCAGUUUCAUUCAUCAAACACCUAAAUACACCUCAUUAUACACAUUAAUACAUUUAAUCUUAAUUAAUAAUACAGUUCAUUAUACACCUCAAUACAUUUAUAAACAUAUGAAUGCAGCUCAUUAUGCAUCUGAAUACAUUUCAUCAUACAUCUGAAUACAUUUCAUUAUACACCACAAUACAUUUAUAAACAUAUGAAUGCAGCUCAUUAUUAACCUGAAUACAUUUCUUUAUACACCUUAAUACAUUUCAUUAUACACCUCAAUACAUUUAUAAACAUAUGAAUGCAGCUCAUUAUGCAUCUGAAUACAUUUCAUCAUACAUCUGAAUACAUUUGAUCAUACAUCUGAAUACAUUUAUAAACAUAUGAAUACAUUUCAUCAUACAUCUGAAUACAUUUAUAAACAUAUGAAUACAGCUCAUCAUACAUCUGAAUACAUUUCAUCAUACAUCUGAAUACAUUUCAUCAUACAUCUGAAUACAUUUCAUCAUACAUCUGAAUACAUUUCAUCAUACAUCUGAAUACAUUUGAUCAUACAUCUGAAUACAUUUCAUCAUACAUCUGAAUACAUUUCAUCAUACAUCUGAAUACAUUUGAUCAUACAUAUGAAUACAUUUCAUCAUACAUCUGAAUACAUUUAUAAACAUAUGAAUACAGCUCAUCAUACAUCUGAAUACAUUUCAUCAUACAUCUGAAUACAUUUGAUCAUACAUAUGAAUACAUUUCAUCAUACAUCUGAAUACAUUUAUAAACAUAUGAAUACAGCUCAUCAUACAUCUGAAUACAUUUCAUCAUACAUCUGAAUACAUUUGAUCAUACAUAUGAAUACAUUUCAUCAUACAUCUGAAUACAUUUAUAAACAUAUGAAUACAGCUCAUCAUACAUCUGAAUACAUUUCAUCAUACAUCUGAAUACAUUUGAUCAUACAUAUGAAUACAUUUCAUCAUACAUCUGAAUACAUUUAUAAACAUAUGAAUACAGCUCAUCAUACAUCUGAAUACAUUUCAUCAUACAUCUGAAUACAUUUGAUCAUACAUCUGAAUACAUUUAUAAACAUAUGAAUACAGCUCAUCAUACAUCUGAAUACAUUUAUAAACAUAUGAAUACAGCUCAUCAUACAUCUGAAUACAUUUCAUCAUACAUCUGAAUACAUUUCAUCAUACAUCUGAAUACAUUUGAUCAUACAUCUGAAUACAUUUCAUCAUACAUCUGAAUACAUUUAUAAACAUAUGAAUACAUCAUCAUACAUCUGAAUACAUUUCAUCAUACAUCUGAAUACAUUUCAUCAUACAUCUGAAUACAUUUGAUCAUACAUCUGAAUACAUUUCAUCAUACAUCUGAAUACAUUUAUAAACAUAUGAAUACAGCUCAUUAUACAUUUGAAUACAUUUCAUCAUACAUCUGAAUACAUUUGAUCAUACAUCUGAAUACAUUUCAUCAUACAUCUGAAUACAUUUAUAAACAUAUGAAUACAGCUCAUCAUACAUCUGAAUACAUUUCAUCAUACAUCUGAAUACAUUUCAUCAUACAUCUGAAUACAUUUGAUCAUACAUCUGAAUACAUUUCAUCAUACAUCUGAAUACAUUUCAUCAUACAUCUGAAUACAUUUCAUCAUACAUCUGAAUACAUUUGAUCAUACAUCUGAAUACAUUUCAUCAUACAUCUGAAUACAUUUAUAAACAUAUGAAUACAGCUCAUUAUACAUUUGAAUACAUUUCAUCAUACAUCUGAAUACAUUUCAUCAUACAUCUGAAUACAUUUGAUCAUACAUCUGAAUACAUUUCAUCAUACAUCUGAAUACAUUUAUAAACAUAUGAAUACAGCUCAUUAUACAUUUGAAUACAUUUCAUCAUACAUCUGAACACAUUUCAUCAUACAUUAGAGCGCUGUAUUCAAUCAACUGAAUGCAUUUCUCAAUUCAGUCUCCGUGCUCUCUUUGUUAUUAACUGGCGAAUUUCUUGUUUAGCUAUUUAGCACUCCUACAAUCUUUGACCUUGACCUACCUCUAGUCCAGUACCAGCAUGCUUCACAUGCUGACCAUACUAACUGACCUGUUACUUUUUAAAAAAAAAUUCUAUCCACAGAAAGACUGAGGUCAUGUUCCUGUGUGACGCUACUCGUCAGGUUCCACAGUUAGACGUCAUUGGAGAGGUCAUCACAGGGACAGUGGUCAGUGCGUCAAAGUAAUUUUUAACCCGGUGUGUGGGGGGCGGUGGUGUGGUGGUGGGGAGCUAUUGUUGAUUUGAAAGAAAAGAAAGCACUUUCUAGACAAGACUUUGAAUUUACUUUUGAGAACAAUCCUCUGGGAGACGAAUGUUAAAAUAUGGUAGUUUUUUUCAAAGAUACGGUGUAUUUUUGUUUGAAAUGACAAGGUACGACCCAAAGACCUCUCAUCUUGUAGUUGUCCAGUUGUUGAAAAUAGCAACAAUUCCAUUAAAAUGAAUCACAUUUUAUGAAUGUUGUUAUGUGAUUUCAUGAAUAGUUCUUCUUCUAUAUUUUGGAGGGCCCACGAUCAUUCUGGCUCCUAUGACCACGAACGUAGCAGUCGAUCCCUCGGGAUAAUCCAUAAGGAGGUGGCAGCGAUGUCAAGAUAUUAGCCCAAUGGUUACUGAGCUAAGAAUAACAUUUGGGGAAAAAAAGUCAAGAGAUGCUUUUAUUUAUAACCUUUAAAAAUUAAGUUUCUUUCCUUUAAGACUAAGGCCAAGAUGGCUGCCUUAAGUUUCAUUUAAUUAAAAUUAAGGCCAAGAUGGCUGCCCAGCUUGAUUAUCAUGUUUGAUAUUUUUAAACUGCUGAUUGCAUUUUUCUUGCAGUCUAUGAAUAUGUGGAGCAACUGCGCAUGUCCGAACCAGUGUAAACGAGUUGACCCUCUCCCCACUGACAGUUCUCUGACCACUGGUUCAAUCAUGGUUAUUAUGUAAGUAAUGAAAUUAUCAUUUAAAACUAAAGUCACAGAAAAAAAGGAACAUACAUAAUCUGAAUUACCGAAUAUUGCAAAUACCAGUACAGUAGAAUAUCCCUAUGUUUAGGAAUUAAAGUUUUUGUUUUUUUUUAAGUAUCUUAAAUGAGUAGUUAGCUCUUUUUUUUUUUUACAACUGGACCCACCGGGUAUUUUCUCAGAAUACCCGGACCCGGUGUAAAACAAAAAAUUGCACCCAAUUAAGCCCUUGUCUUUUUAAAAUUGUUUGAACAUUGAGAUCACGAUGUGCAAUUCUAAAGUUUGGUGAACCAUAGUUAUAGAUUUGAUCUCUCCUCUCCUCUCCCCGCACCCCCCCCCCCCCCCCACAUUGCUUAAAAUAGGAUUGAGAUCUCUAUGAAAUGAGAAAACGUUUAGUCUCAGCGGUGCUUCAUUUUUGUGUCCUCAGAUUUUUUUCAAUGUUAUUCGUUUACCUGAUUUUCGGCCUCGUUUUCAACUACACCAACAACAAAACAGGAAAAGAACUUUUGCCCAAUUACGGCUUCUGGUCAUCCGUCCAUGGUCUCAUAGCGGUGAGUGGCGAGUGGCGAACGUGGACAUAAUGACACUUUGGAACUUUUUUUUUGUAUUAAAUAAAAAACAAAUUUUAGAGCAUACAACUUGACCUUCGAAAGCCAUUAGUCAAACAAUCCAUUAGUCAGACAAUCCAUUUUAGACCAUCAAUCAGUCAGAUAAUUCAUGAUUCAUCCUAUCCAUUGUCAAACAAUAUGUUAAUCAGGCAAUCCAUUAGUCAGACAAUCCAUUAGUCUGGCAAUUUAUUAAUCAAACAAUCCAUUAGUCAGACAAUCCAUUAGUCAGACAAUCCGUUAGUUAGACAAUCCAUUUUAGACAAACAAUUAGUCAGAAAAUCCUUUAGUCAGAAAAUCCAUUUUAGACAGUUAAUCAGACAAUCUAUUAGUCAAACAAUCCAUUUUAGACAAACAAUUAGUCAGACAAUCCUUUUGUCAGAAAAUCCCUUUUAGACGAUCAAUCCGUCCGACAAUCUAUUAGUCAGACAAUCCAUUUGAGACAAACAAUUAAUCAGACAAUCCUUUAGUCAGAAAAUCUAUUUUAGACAAUCAGUUAGUCAGACAAUCCUUUUGUCAGACAAUCCGUUAGUCAGAAAAUCCUUUUGUCAGACAAUCCAUUAGUCAGAAAAUCCAUUAGUCAGACAGGCCAUUAGUCAGACAAGCCAUUAGUCAAACAAUCCAUUAGUUAGACAAUGCAUUAUUCAGACAAUCCAUUAGUCAGACAAUCCUUUAGAAUAAAUUAGAACCAAUGCUCAUUCAUUUGGCUCUUGCACUUAGUCCCGACCUGUAUAGAGCAGUGGUCCAUCCCGACCUGUAUAGAGCAGUGGUCCAUCCCGACCUGUAUAGAGCAGUGGUCCAUCCCGACCUGUAUAGAGCAGUGGUCCAUCCCGACCUGUAUAGAGCAGUGGUCCAUCCCGACCUGUAUAGAGCAGUGGUCCAUCCCGACCUGUAUAGAGCAGUGGUCCAUCCCGACCUGUAUAGAGCAGUGGUCCAUCCCGCCUGUUUUGAGCAGUGGUCCAUCCCGGCCUGUUUUGAGCUAGUAUCCGUCGUGUCAUGCUCACAACGUAUUAAAUAGAUUCUGUCGUCUGCUUUCAGGAUGGCUUCAGGUUGGUGUUCACCUGUUCGUGUGGGCGCAGCAAGGCGCAGUACGACGCAAUUUAAAAUGACGUCAUUGACUUCUUCUUCUUCUUCUUCGUGGGCCUCAGCUCACGCCAUCCACUGCACAUGACGGUCACUAUUAGAACCCCUGGCUUUAUUCAGUAAAUGAUAUUUGGUAUUUUAUAAGAACACCACUUGUAUGAUAAAUAUUUCUCUGAUGUUGUUAAUAUGGUGUAAUUUUAAUGAAUUGACGGUAUGAAAGUAAAAACUGAUUCUUUGAUGAGAAGAUCAUAAGAGUUGUUUCCAAUAAAUAGUGUUACAGUACAUGUUUUGUUUUUUUUUAUCAUGUAAAGCAGGGGUCGGCAACCUUUUUGUCUGAGAGAGCCAUGGACACCACAUAUUUUGAAAAGUAAUUCUGUGAGAGCCAUGCAUUAUGUUUAAAACUAAAAAUUCCAGUAAAUGUGUGCAUUUUGUGUUAUUUCAACACUAAAAAUGCAAUUAUUAUGUCUCUGAAUUCUUUUUAAUAACAUUGUUAUGCUGUUGCUAAUCAAAUAUUGAUAUGCAAUUAAUAUGUAGAUCAAAGGCGUAUUAAGAAACAUUUUUUUAAAAUAAUCGAACAUUUGUCUGCGAGCCAGAUGCAGCCAUCAAUAGAGCCACAUCUUGCUCGCGAGCCAUAGGUUCCCGACCUCUGGUGUAAAGCAUGUCUUUUUCAGUUAUAUAUGAAUAAAGAUUUACGUCACAAUUUUA